AUGAAGGCGCCAUCGUGGCUAAGCUUUGCACAUGCAGGGAAGAGAAACUUUGGGAGUUCCUAUUUGACGAAGAAGUUGAAGACGAUAAAUGACAGGGCUCUCAAGUACCAUGAAGAUUAUAUCAAAUCGUUAGAUAUACUGGAGGGGAAGAAUAGAAGCGUAAUGAAGGAAAUUUUCCCCAACAAGAAAAGCGAAAUAAAUGAUUUGUUUUUUCAAAGAGGUGGAAACUUGAAUGGAAUGGAUGCAUCAAAGGUGGAAGAAAACUCCGACGAUGACGUAGAUCUGUUGGAUCUCCAUACAUCAGAAAGGGUUAACUACCAACACGAAAUGAAAAGCAUGACAUUAGACGAAUUCGGAACUGUAAGAGUAGUACAUAACGACAUCCUGGAGGAGGAGGCAGACUGUAUGCUGAUCCCGAUGGUCUCAAACUUUGUGCCUCUAAGCGGAUUUGGCGCAUAUAUACUACACAGAGGAGGGCGAGAAUUAGUGAAGGAAAUCUUUAUCAGCAUAAAGACACUAAUUAAGAAACGCAUAGAUGUAUUAAAUGAACACAAAGAGGAAUAUAUAUCGGGAGGAAAAGACAAAGUUAGCAGCGAAAAGGAAUUUAAGAAGCUGCUUGACAAUGCCAAGGCGUUACAAGUAGGAGACGUUAUUUUAGCUAAGCCUCAUAACGUUAGCGAUAAAGUACAGUUAUUGGCCUUUUUAAUAAUGCCAUAUUUCUGGCAGGGAAAUAAUUAUGUGUCUUCAAACAAGUUAAGAUACUCUUUCGCUAGUGCGUUAAAACAACUAAAUGAGUUAUGCAUUUCGUCUGUAAUCCUACCCGACAUCGCAUCCGGUAUUUAUGGCUACGCACCAAGCAGCUCUAGUCACAUCCUUCUCGAUGAAGCAGUCGAAUCGAUUCUACAGAUUAGUGCCACAGUGCCUCUCUACAAUUUGAACUCCAUCUCUGUUGUUGAUAAGGAUAUAAAUACAUGCAGAACUUUUAGUGAAGCACUUGAAGACGUGUCCAGAAGUUAUCUUCCUCAGAAAAAAGUUCUGCCUGCUCCGAAAUACUGGAAUGUGGUAAAUAGGAGACUGUUAGAGAUUCCAUCCAAUGUAAUUCACUUUUGUAGAAAGCAUAACAAAAUUUCUUUUAGAAAAUAUCAUGGCAUUAUCAGGCGUAAGUUUCAACAUUAUUAUAGCAAUAUUAGACCGUUUAAAUGGAGAGCCUCUAGGGUUAUCGAACCGAACCCUUUUCUUGUCUAUCAGAAUUCCGGCGAGCCUAGCUCCUAUCAGUAUGGUCCCAAGCCUUACUACUACAAGGGCGUGUCACACACUCUUUACAAUAUUGGGAAGAAAGGCUUGGUUAACAUCCGUGUGGGGCGCCAUGGCAAGCUACAAGCGCUGAAGACUGUGUCUAGCAUUUCGCUCGAGACGAAGCCACGCCUUUAA